ACGGAAAACUCCGGUAGCACAGACACCCGUCUCGUACGUACUGUGCCACGUCCAGCAUGGCGUUCCCGUAGCCGCCAGAGCCACAUACCAGAAUAACGGAAAACUCUGGUCGCGCAGACACCCGUCUCAUACACACGGUGCCAGGUCCAGGAUGGCGUUCCCGUAACCGCCGGAGCCCCGUACCAGAAUAACAGAAAACUCCGGUCGCGCAGACACCUGUCUCACACGUACGGUGCUGGGUCCAGGAUGGCGUUCCGGUAACCGCAGGAGCCCCGUACCAGAAUAACGGAAAACUCCGGUCGCGCAGACACCCGUCUCGUACGUAUGGUGCCGGGUCCAGGACAGCAUUCUCGUAACCACUGGAGCCCCGUACCAGAAUAACGGAAAACUCCGGUCGCGCAGACACCUGUCUCGUUCGUACGGUGCCGGGUCCAGGACAGUGUUCUCGUAACCGCCAGAGCCCCGUACCAGAAUAACGGAAAACUCCGGUCGCGCAGACACCUGUCUUGUACGUACGGUGCCGGGUCCAGCAUGCCGUUCCCGUAGCCGCCGGAGUCCGACGAUGUGGCCAUGUCUCUGCGUUUGGUGCCGACUUGCGCGGCUGCUCGUUUUGGGCUUGGUCUUCCUCCUCCCCGUCGGGGAACUCUGCCCGACCGCGUGUAGCUGCCUGGACUUCCACACCAUCGACUGCCGGGACCAAGGGCUGCUCCGGGUGCCCAGCCCGUUCCCGUUGGACGUCCGCAAGCUGCUGGCGGCUGGCAACCGCAUCCGGGAGAUCCCGCCGGACUUCUUCGUCUUCUACAACGACCUGGUCUACUUGGACUUCCGCAACAACGCCAUCUCGGUCUUGGAAGGGGGCACCUUCAGCAGCUCGGCCAAGCUGGUCUACUUGGACCUGAGUUACAACAACUUGACCCAGCUGGACGCCGGGGCGUUCAAGUCGGCCGAGAAGCUGAUCAAGCUGAGCUUGGGACACAACAGCCUCUCCGCCGUGGACCGCGAGGCCUUCCAGAGCCUGGGCCAGCUCCAAGUGCUGGAGCUCAACGACAACGAGCUGCGGACGCUGGACGUGGCCGCAUUAGAGGCCUUGCCCAACCUGCGGACAAUCCGCUUGGAAGGCAACCCCUGGCUGUGCGACUGCGACUUCGCCGGGCUCUUCAGCUGGUUGGAAGGCAACCCCAACAAGCUCCAGAAAGGCCUUGACGAAAUCCAGUGCACUGUCCCCGUGGAGGACAUCACUAUCUUCCUCAGCGAAUUGACGCAGGCGAGCUUCAGGGACUGCAAAUUCAGUUUGUCGCUCACGGACCUGCUCAUCAUAAUUUUCUCCGGUGUCGCCGUCUCCAUCGCCGCCAUCGUCUCCAGCUUCGUUUUGGCCCUGAUUGUGAACUGCUUCCAAAAAUGCGCUCCCAGCAAAGACGACGACGAAGAGGAUGACGACGACGACUGAAGAAGGCCUCCUUGGUCUAAAUCUUGGUUGGCUUGGCGGCCCAAAUCAGAAAGGCAAGAAAAGGGCACAACGGCAAAGAAGAGUUCAUUACAACUCAUCUCAAAGAAGCUUUAAGGGCUGAAUAUCCCUUCCAAAGGUCACCAAUAUCUCCUGGUUACAUCUCUUGGUCAAAUCUCAUGGUCAAACUGUCACAAAAUCAAAGCUGCUAUGGAGAGGAAAACCAAGAUGUCCACUUGCAUGACUGAGAUCCACAUUUUGAUGUCUGCUUUCUAGUUUUUUAGUGCUUUUAAAAAAAUCACAUAUUACUAACCGAAGAGUUCACUACCUUUUUACUUUGACAGUUGAAAAGAGUUCACUACCUUUUUGCUACAACAACUGGUUUUGGAAGAAAGAUAUGGGAUGGUCAAGUCAUGAUGCACUUCUUUAGACCUUCCAAAUGUUGAUAAAUAUUGUUUUCUUUGGUUUUGAAAGAAAGAUAUUGGAUGGCCAACACAUAACUCACUUCUUUAGAAUGUCCAAAUGUUGAUAAAUAUCAACAUUUUUGGUUCUGGAAGAAAGAUAUGGGAUGGUCAACCCAUGAUGUACUUAAUCUUCCAGAUGUUGAUAUAUAUAUGGCCUUCUUCACUUUCAGAAGAAAGAUAUUGAAUGAUCAACUCAUGACAUAAUUCUUUAGAUCUUCCAGAUGUUGAUAAAUAUGGCCUACUUUGGUUUUGAAAGAAAGAUAUGGGAUGGUCAACUUAUGAUGCACUUCCUUAGAUCUUCCAGAUGUUGAUAAACAUGGUCUACUUGGGUUUCAGAAGAACGAUAUGGGAUGGUCAACCCAUGAUGUACUUCUUCAGAUCUUCCAGAUGUUGAUAAAUAUCAACAUCUUUGGUUCUGGAAGAAAGAUAUGGGAUGGUCAACCCGUGACGCACUUCAAUAGAUCUUCCAGAUAUUGAUAUAUAUAUGGCCUUCUUCACUUUCAGAAGAAAGAUAUUGAAUGAUCAACCCAUGACACGCUUCUUUAGGUCUUCCAGAUGUUGAUAAAUAUGGCCUACUUUGGUUUUGGAAGAAAGAUAUGGGAUGGUCAACCCAUGAAGCACUUUUUUUAGCAUUUCCAAAUGUUGAUAAACAUGGUCUAAUUUGGUUUUCAGAAGAAAGAUAUGGGAUGGUCAAGCCAUAACACCCUUCAUUAAAUCUUUCAGAUAUUGAUAAAUAUGGCCUACUUCAGUUUCCGUAGAAAGAUAUGGGAUGAUCAACCCAUGACACACUUCUCUAGCUCUUCCAGAUGUUAAUAAAUAUGGCCUAUGUUGGUUUCAGAAGAAUGAUA